AUGACCACGGCACGAGACGACCUGAUUCCGCCCUUCCGCGAGCGGCUGGCGGAGGUGAUCGAGCGCUCCGGCACGUCGCGCGCCGCCUUCGCGGCGGCGAUCGGCCUCGAUCGCUCGACCCUGUCGCAGCUACUCUCGCCGGAGAACGAGCGGCUGCCGCGGGCCGAGACGGUGGUGGCGAUCGCGCGUGAGGCCGGCGUGUCGACCGACUGGCUGCUGGGCAUGAGCCAGUCGCGCGAGGCGGGCACGCAGCUCGUCGCCAGCGAGCUGGAGAUCGAGAGCGGGGCCGGCGAUCCGAUGGACGAGCGGCUGGCGCGCUGGCAUCGCGAGGUGGUCGGCUCGAAGAUUCGCUAUGUGCCGGCGACCCUGCCGGACCUGCUGAAGACCGAGGCGACCAUCGACUUCGAGUACCGCCAGCACGGCGAGCGCAUGCUGACCGCGCAGCGCGAGCGCGCGGAGGCGCGGCUGGAGUACAGCCGCCGGCCGGAGACCGACAUGGAGGUCUGCUCCAGCUACCAGACGCUGGAGGCCUUCGCCCGGGGCGAGUUCAUCUGGCGCGACAUGCCGCUGGCCGCGCGGCGCGCCCAGCUCGAGCAGAUGGCGGGAAUCCUCGACGAGCUCUAUCCGACCUUUCGCUGGUUCCUCUACGACGGGCUGCAGCGCUUCUCCGUGCCGGUGACGGUCUACGGGCUGAAGCGCGCGGUGCUCUAUGUCGGCGGUAUGUACAUCGUGCUGCACGCGACCGAGCACAUCCGCGUCAUGACCCGCGCUGCUGCGGGACAGCGCAUGACCAUCGCCUCGCUGCCGAUGUACGACCUGCCGGAGCUGCGCUGGGCGACGGACCGCCUGUGGCAGGGCCUGGCCGGGCAUCUGCGCGCCGCCGGCCUGGGCCCGCUGCCCGAGCGGCUCACCCGCAGCGCCGACCCGGCCGACGACUGGCGCGCCCCGGACCUGCUGUUCAGCCAGACCUGCGGCUACCCGCUGACCCACGCCUUCCGCCAGCGCCUGCUGGUGGUCGGCGUGCCGGUCUACGAUGCCGAGGGCUGCGAUCCGGAGAGCCGCUACGGCCCGACCUACUGCAGCGCCCUUGUGGUGCGCCGGGACUCGCCGGUGGCGCGGCUCGCCGAUCUGGCCGGGCAGGGCGCGGCGAUCAACGCCUGGGAUUCCCAGUCCGGCAUGUCGGCCCUGCGCGCCGCUGUCGCGCCCUAUGCCGAGGCCGGGCGCUUUUUCGGCCGGGUGGCGGUCACCGGCAGCCACGCCGCCUCCGCCGCCGCGGUCGCCGAGGGGCGGGCAGAGGUCGCGGCGAUCGACUGCGUCACCUGGGCGCUGCUGGGCGACCAGCGCCCGGCGCUCGUGGCGCCGCUGCGCCGGCUGGCCUGGUCGACGCCGGCCCCGGCGCUGCCCUACGUGACGGCGCCGAGCCGGGCGGCGGAGGCCCAGGCGAUCACCAUCGCGCUGAUGGAGGCGGCGCACGAUCCGGCCCUGGCCGAGGCCUGCGCGGCGCUGCGUCUGGCCGGCGUCGCGCCGCCGGAGGCCGCCGACUACACCCGCAUCCUGGAGAUCGAGGCCGCGGCCGGGGCCCAGGGCUACCCUGUCUUGCGGUAG